AUGGUCGUGUGCAAACGACGAGGCUGCGGCGCACUGUUCGACACAACACAACCGUCGCAGGGACCCUGUACAUACCACCCUGGCGCACCGGUAUUCCACGAGGGACUGAAGUCAUGGUCAUGUUGCAAUGACACGAACAAGCCUGUGCUGGAAUUUGAGCAAUUCUUGCAGCUGCCCGGGUGUGCCACAGCAGACGCACACACGGAUGAAGCACAGCCUAUGCCGGCACCCAAAGCUGCAACAAACACGGAGAAAGUGAAAUCAUCAGAGACAGAACAUAUUACGAAAUCGCUCGACGCUGUUCAGCUCGCGAAGCCCGCGGCUGUUACCCCUAUGGUAGCACCCCCCAAGCCUACUAACGCGCCGAUGCCGCCGGCGCCUGAGCCGUGUGAUCCGGAUACUCUCGUGAAAGUCUCAGCCGGUACAACAUGUCGGCGCACCGGAUGUGGAUAUGUUGUACCCGAAGACAUCCACGAGCGUGAUCGAACCAAAGAAACGUGCAAAUUCCACAAGGGCACACCAAUAUUCCACGAAGGCUCAAAGGGAUACACGUGCUGUAAAAGGCGAGUAUUACAUUUUGAUGACUUUCUUCAAAUCGAACCAUGUUCGACGGCUGAGCAUGGCCAUCUCUUCGCGGCGCCGAAGCCCGCUGAUGACACACAGGUCGACUGCCGCAUUGACCACUACGAGACGCCUUCGGACGUGCGCGUGACUGUCUAUGCAAAGGGCGUUGAGGCUGACAAGAGCGUGAUUGAAAUACGCGACAAUGAGGUACGUAUGCACGUGUGA